AUGGCCACCAGAAAUAGGACAGAAGUGACUGAAUUUGUCUUAUUGGGCCUAUCCAGCAAGCAAGAAAUGCAGCUGGUUGUUUUUGGCGUUGUCCUUGCUAUGUACUUGGUAGCAGUGGUGGGCAAUUUUCUAUUAGUACUUGUUGCCCUCUCAGACCCCAAACUUCAGACCCCCAUGUACUUCUUGCUCAGCCAACUUUCCUUCAUUGACAUGCUGCUGACAACUACCACCAUCCCCCAGAUGCUGGUGCAUACCUGGUCUGAGAAUAGAACCAUUUCCUUCAACUGCUGCAUGAUCCAGCUAUUUUUCUUUAUGACUUUUGGAAGCAUGGAAGGCCAUGUGUUGGCGGCCAUGGCUUAUGACCGUUAUGUUGCCAUCUGCGAUCCUUUAAGAUAUUCUGCCAUCGUCAGCCGCCACCUCUGUCUUUGCAUAACCUUGACCUCGUUGCUGGUUGUCAGUCUCAACAGCCUCCUCUACACUGUGCUGGUCACCCGUUUAACCUUCUGUGGCAACCAGCUUACUCACUUCUUCUGUGACAUUACACCUUUGCUCAAGCUUUCCUGCACCCGGCCAGUGGUCAAUGAAAUGCUAAUCUUCACCGAGGGUGUGGCUGUGGUGCUCAGUCCCUUCUUCUUCAUUAUAGGCUCCUAUGCCCGCAUUGGUGCUGCCAUAGCUCGCAUGCGCUCAGUUGCUGCCCUGCGCAAGACUCUGUCGACCUGUAGCUCUCACAUCAUGGUUGUGUUGCUUCUGUAUGGCACAGUCGCUCGCAUGUAUCUCAAACCAUCUUCUAGCUAUGACCUGAAUCAGGACCGCCAGGUUGCCAUCUUUUACACAGUAGUUAUCCCGAUGCUAAAUCCUUUGAUCUACAGUCUGAGGAACCAGGAGGUUAAGAAAGCUCUAAGAAGGCUUUUCAGGAAACUCUGCUUUUCAGGAAACUUCCAGCCGAGUUCUCAAGCAAACAGGGAAUGGAAACACAUCUCCUGA